AUCGGAGAUCCCAUUUGGCAUUUGAAACCUCUUGUUCUUGUUGCAUACCGUCAAAUCUUUGCCACCUUUGCUUAUUUCUUGGAGUGGUAAUUAAUUUUCUUCAUACUUUUUUUUUGAAAAGAAGUUAUCAGAUUACCAUCUUCUCCGUUCUUUUCAAAACAGUCGUCAGAUCCGCUGUAUCUUGUGCCUAUUUUUAUAGUGUGAAUCCUUCUUUUUUUUUAUUUUUUUAUGUAAACCUCAAUUCAAAAAGAAUAUAGAAAAGAAUAUAUACCGAGAGAAAAGAACAGGGAUUAUGACAGUCUGACAGUUCGUUCAGGAAAAAAGUAAAGAAAAAAAAGUUUAAUUACCAGUCCAAGAAGUAGGCAAAGGUGGCAAAGAUUUGACGAUAAGCUACAAGAAGAAGAGAUUUCAUGCGUUGAUUCCAUGGCCAGUCUGGAGAAUUAUGUAUGUAGUUUAGUUACUUAUAUAUAAAGAAAACUGAACCCAAUAAAAGAAAAACUAAAACAACGCAAUCUGGAAACACUUUUGAAUGAACCCAAAUUAAGAAAACCCAUAAAACAACUGGACUUUGAAAUUGGAUUCCAUUAUAGCCCCAAUUGAUACAAAAUCGACCUAUUCAUAUAUGACAAAAUCUAGUUCAGGCCCAACCUUAAUUCAGAUAAACUCAAACCAAGUUAAUAGAUCCUUAAACUAAAAUUAAAUGAACUUGCUUUUCACACAAAUACAUAUAUAUAUAUAUAUAUCUGUAUAAAUAUAUUAAGGAUAAUCUUAUGGAAGCGUAUAAGAAAACCUUACAAAUUGGUGAAAGGUAUAAUUGAUUGAGAAGCAAAGGAUGGAAGUUUUCUAGUGAGAUUUGAAAUGUAAAUCAAGUAUCUCCUCCUCCACAAAACAAUGUCAUGAGAUCCACAAGACAUCCCUUCAUAAUUAUUUUAGCUCUUCUUUCUCCUUACUCGAACUCCGUACCAACAAACUCCGUUUGUUUCCCAAGAAAAUUUUCUUAUUAAUCUUUCUCUCUUUCUUUUCUUUUUGUGUUUGUAAGUAAGAAAAUAUUAGUAGGAAAAAAUGGUGGAAAUGUUGCUGCACGGAGAACUGUACGUGACGAUAUUUGAGAUUUAUAAGCUGCAGUACAACUGUGGAAUUAAUUUAUGCUGGCAGGGAGAACAAACAUGUGGGAAAAGAAUUCAAGAGCAAUUCAAGAGAACAAAAGUUGCAUGCCAAAUGAUUGUAGGCUCCAAACUAUAUGCAACUGUUGAUUUAGAUAAAGCAAGAGUUGGGCGAACUCUAAUAAAAAGACACCAACCUAAUAACCCAAAGUGGAUACAAGAUUUUCGCAUUUAUUGUGCUCACUUAGUCUCAAAUGUUAUCUUUACAUUAAAAGGUGAUGUUGCUAUUGGAGCAACAUUAAUAGGGAGAGCUUACAUACCGGUUGAGGACAUCCUUAAAGAAUCUAUAAUAGAUAGAUGGGUUCCUAUAUUAGAUGAAGACCAUAACCCAAUUCAAGGACACCCUAAAAUUCAUGUAAACGUGAAGUUUGUAUCUAUUACAAGGGACCCAAAUUGGUCUAAAGGAAUCCAAAAUCCAUAUUUUGAUGGAGUUCCCUAUGUCUACUUCAAUCAAAGAAAGGGUUGUAAAGUUAUUCUAUACCAAGAUGCUCAUGUGUCAAAUGAGUUUAGUCAUCCAAUUUUUCUCUCAGGAGUCAAGCAAUAUGAGCCUCAAAAAUGUUGGGAGGAUAUUUUUAAUGCAAUCUUGAAUGCUAAGCACUUGAUUUAUAUAACUGGAUGGUCUGUAUACACUGAAACAACUUUAAUAAGAGACCCAAGAAAACAAAAAGAUAGUAAUAUGACACUUGGAGAUCUUCUAAAGAAAAAAGCUAAUGAAGGUGUCAAGGUCCUUAUGCUUGUUUGGGAUGAUAGAUCAUCAAUGGGACAACUUAAGGAAGUUGGUCUAAUGGCAACACAUGAUGAAGAAACUGCAAAGUAUUUCAAACACACAAAGGUACGUUGUGUUUUAUGUCCUCGUAAUCCAGAAGGAAAAACAAGUUUUGAACUUUCUACAAUGUUCACUCACCACCAAAAGACUCUAAUCGUUGAUAGUGAAGUAUUUGGGAAAAGUGGCCAAAAGAGAAGUAUUGUGUGUUUUCUUGGUGGCUUAGAUCUUUGUGAUGGUCGAUAUGACACACAAGAUCAUCCCCUUUUCAAGACAUUAAACACAACUCAUUCUCAAGAUUUCCAUCAACCAAACUUUGAUGGUUCGUCAAUUAUAAAAGGUGGGCCAAGAGAGCCUUGGCAUGACAUUCAUUGCAAGCUUGAAGGGCCUGUUGCUUGGGAUGUCCUGUAUAAUUUUGAACAGAGAUGGCGAAAACAUGUUGGAAGACUUCAUAUAAUCUCAAAAAGGGAGCUAAAACAAUUUACAAUUGACCCAUCAUUUGCACAAAUUGAUGACCAUGACCCAAAUACUUGGAAUGUCCAAAUUUUUAGAUCCAUUGACAGUCAUGCUGUUAGAAAAUUUUCAAACCCGAAUGUUGCACUUGGAUUGAUUAGUGAAAAAGAUAAAAUUAUUGAUAGAAGCAUUCAAGAUGCUUAUAUCAAUGCCAUACGACGAGCGAAAAAUUUUAUUUACAUUGAAAAUCAAUACUUUCUUGGCAGUUCAUAUGGUUGGCAAUCAAAAGAUAUUAAUGUGGAUGAUAUUAAUGCUCUGCAUCUUAUACCAAAAGAGCUUUCCCUUAAGAUUGUAAGCAAAAUUGAAGCUGGUGAGAGAUUUUCAGUAUAUAUUGUGAUCCCAAUGUGGCCUGAAGGUAAGCCUGAGAGUUCUUCUGUUCAAGCAAUUUUGGAUUGGCAAACGAGAACAAUGGAGAUGAUGUACACCGAUAUAUGCAAAACCCUUCAAAAUAAAAAACUAAACAUAGAUCCAAGAAAUUAUUUGUCAUUUUUCUGUCUCGGCAAUAGAGAAACAAUGCAACCUGGUGAAUACAUUCCUGUGCAAAAGCCAGAGCCAAAUACAAAUUAUAGUAGAGCUCAACAAGCUCGACGUUUCAUGAUCUAUAUUCAUUCAAAGAUGAUGAUUGUGGAUGAUGAAUACAUAAUAAUUGGAUCAGCAAACAUCAAUCAAAGAUCAAUGGAUGGUGGAAGGGACUCAGAGAUUGCCAUGGGAGCAUUUCAACCAAAUCAUUUAGCAACUGAACAACCAGCUAGAGGACAAAUUUUUGGGUUCAGAAUGGCCUUGUGGAGAGAGCAUUUAGGAUUUAUUGACAACUCAUUUGAAUAUCCAGAAACUGAAAGAUGCAUCAAACUAGUAAAUCUCAAAGCAGAUGAAUAUUGGAACUUAUAUGCUAGAGAGAAGCUGGAUUAUGAUCUUCCCGGACAUCUUCUUAGAUACCCGAUUGAUGUUUCUCUUAAUGGCUCAAUCACACCUUUCCAAAACAUAGAGUUCUUUCCUGAUACUAAGGCUCGCAUUACCGGAGGCAAAUCUAGCUUUCUCCCUCCCAUUCUCACCACUUAAAACACCAUAUACACUUAUAUGACAAACAUACUAAUAAUAAUAAUAACUAUAGUUGUUAUUUCUCACACA